GAUUUCCUCUAUACCUCAGUUAUUGUUUUGGACAUGUUUGGAUCUUAUGAAUAUGAUAACUUCAGAUCUCCUAUAGCUGCAAUGGAAUAUAUGUUUGAUAAUUAUGAGAUUCUACACUUAAAUGGAUUACCAUUUGAAUGGAGACUCAACAAAGAACCCAUAAUUUAUAUAGGAUGCCCUUCUACGAGCAGGUGACACCACAUUUUCAACAAUAAGGACAUAAUAUAGAUUAAUCUGGCAUUUCUGAAGGAUGCCCUGCGCCGUCGGAUUCAUCGAGUCGGUGUGCGUCGCGGAUCCGUCUUCUGUAUCCAUCCCCGAAAAAGCCGACGCUGAUGCAACUCGCCCUUUCGUCAAGUUACGCUUCGAUUCGGCGGGAGCACGUAGUGCAUCGCCGCGCCACUAGAGUGCGCGCGCCGAUUCGUCUGCCGGCCGCCAUUGGUAGGUAGGCGUGUCAUAGCUGACAGAUCAUUCAUCUGGACCCCACUCUACCCUUCGAGCCGCGUGAUUGACAGUUGGCAGACGACUGCGGUACGCGCAGCACCUUCGUACGCGCUCCGGAACAUCAAGACGGCGCUGACGACAGCUGAAAACAACUGACGAACGACGACCCCAUGAACAGCGCGGUGGAAAUUUUGUGACAGUGCAGUGGAUCGGGUAGUGGCAGAAAUAUUGAAUAAGUGUUAAUAUAGUGCGCGACAAAGUGUAGGGAAAACUUGAAAACUGCAGUGUGCAGUACAUGGCUCAGCCACGGGUGUAACUUUUUUUAAUAAGGCCCAACAGUGAUCAAAAUUCGAGUCAUGGAUGUUCUUCAAAAAAACUACGACGAUGGUAUCCAUCCGGGGUACAUGGACGGCGCGGCGGGGGGCAUGUACGAACCACACGUUGCCCAUCGACCUAGUUUACCAGGUCUUCAUCACUCCCCCCAUUUGAAUCAUGCUAUGCACCCUUAUCACUCGAACCAUGUUAACCCCACGGCGAAUCACGUCAUGGGUGGAGCCGUACCUGAUGUCGGGAAAAGAGACAAGGACGCGAUCUACGGACAUCCGUUAUUUCCUUUAUUGGCUUUAAUUUUCGAAAAAUGUGAAUUAGCAACAUGUACGCCUAGAGAACCUGGUGUUGCGGGGGGUGACGUGUGCUCCUCUGAAUCGUUUAAUGAAGAUAUAGCUGUUUUUUCUAAACAGAUACGACAAGAAAAACCAUAUUAUAUAGCAGAUCCAGAAGUUGACUCAUUAAUGGUACAGGCAAUUCAAGUGCUACGGUUUCAUCUCUUGGAAUUAGAAAAGGUUCAUGAAUUAUGUGACAAUUUCUGUCAUCGGUAUAUAAGUUGUCUGAAGGGUAAAAUGCCCAUAGACUUGGUGAUAGACGAAAGGGACGGCGGUAAACCUCCCGAAUUGACGGGUUCUACCAACGGAGAUGGUGGCACUAGAAGCAAUGCGGAUUCAACAUCUCAUACGGACGGUGCGAGUACUCCAGAUGUCAGACCACCAUCGUCGUCGUUAUCAUACGGGGGUCCGGUCAACGAUGACGUCAGAUCUCCCGGUACGCCUGGACCUCUAUCACAACCACCCGCAUCGCAGCAAAGUCUGGACGCUUCGGAUCCUGAUGCUAUGGGUAAAUGGUGUCCGCGACGAGAAUGGUCCUCACCUACGGACGCCAGGGCGGCCAGUGACGCAGCGCGUAGAGGUGUCCUUUAUUCUUCCGUCUUCCUCGGUAGUCCCGGUGAAGCGAGUAAUGCGAGUAUCGGUAGCGGGGAGGGUACAGGAGAGGAGGACGACGACACGAACGGAAAGAAAAAUCAAAAAAAGAGAGGCAUAUUUCCCAAAGUAGCAACAAAUAUUCUCAGAGCGUGGUUAUUUCAACAUUUAACGCAUCCUUACCCUUCGGAGGACCAGAAAAAACAACUAGCACAGGAUACUGGCCUUACGAUACUACAAGUUAAUAAUUGGUUCAUCAACGCGCGGCGGAGAAUCGUACAGCCUAUGAUCGACCAAUCGAAUCGAGCUGUGUUUUCACCGCACGCGGGACCCAGUGGUGCGUACAGUCCAGAUGGUACCAUGGGCUACAUGAUGGACGGACAGCAAAUGAUACAUCGGCCGCCUGGUGAUCCAGCUUUCCAUAAUCAAUAUGCCCAUUAUCCUGAAUACUACGGACAUCAUCUGUGAGGUUCUCUCCUAGUGUAACAACGACAAUGGACAUAGAAAUAUGCAACUUUUAAAUGUGAUUAUUCUUUGUACAAAGUGUAAAUGUAGUGCCCCAGUGUUUGUUAAAAAUUAAUAAAAAGAAGAAUAAAUAAAUGGGAAGAACUUGUACAAAAAGUAUUAGACUAAAAAUUCGUGCUGACUGCUGUACAUAGAUAGUGGUGAACGUGUGGGUCGCCCCGGAAGUGGUUACUCACCCUGUAUACAUAUAUAUAAAUAUACACUGCACCGUCAGUUAUAAAGUAAAACAAUGGACAACCGCAAAACGUGUAAAGUCAUGUGGUCUCGUAGCUUUUAGGUUCCUCAGUGUGUUACCUAAAAAAAAUAUACCCUCGUCCUGACCCCCCGAUCAGCCAACUUUCCCAUACCCCCUUCCUCUAACGUCCUAUCAUAUCCUUCAUCCGAAGAAAAUGGUUCAUAUUGCUCCGCAAACAGGUUCUACAUGUAUUUGAUCCGUUUCACUGGUUACGAAGCUCUAAAAAAAAUUCAGUCCGAAUUGUAUGGGGUAAACAAUUUUCUUAUUAACGGGCGUAAGUUCAUUCCACUUUCGAUUAGAAAAAAAUUGUGAUUUGUGACAUAUUUUUUGUUGGCUUUCAAUUAAACAACUUUUUAUUGCUUCCCCGUAAAUCUCUCUACAAAUGCUACUGUUAUUCGUUCUCAAAUAUUAAUAAGCAAAAUAAAAUUAAAACAAUAAUUCAGUUUUAAACAAAACACUUUUAAAAAUGCGUCAACAUCAAAUGAACAGUCGUAGAAAAAAUAUAGUAUAUAUAUAACUAUUAAUUUCCAACAGUUGCGGACAUUGCCAUAAUAAUUAUUAAGUUUUUAUUUCAUUUAUUUUGAAUAGGGAAAUGAAAAUAUGAUUGUUUCAAUGAAAAUAGCCUAAAAAAUUGUCAAAAACGCUUUUUUUGAUCCAACAUAAUCAAAAGUGUUUUAAAUGAAGCCUGUAUUAAUUUAAGAAAAUUGUAAAUUAACAUCUUGAAUUCAAUAAGAAAAUUUUAUUAGGACUUGUCUAUUUAGAGCGUUCAGAUGUGCAUGAUUGGUAGUGUUGCUAUACGAAUUUUAUACUAAAAAAAUCAUACUUGAAAGUAUAAAAAAUUUGUACAUUGAUAUUUAAUAAAUGUUAUAAAAUGUUUAGGUACUGCUUCAUUCUUUCCAAAAAAAAGUACUACUACUGAUCAUUUAUUUCCAACCUGUAGCGGAUCAACAAAAAAUGAUUGUAUACAAAAAGUACUAUUCGUACAAAAUUUUAAUAAGGUUGUGCUGUUGUAAAAUAGUUGUUAUAUCUGUUGUGAUCAUUUUUUUGCUAAAUGAGAAAUCAAUUUUUGAAACAAUCGUAUCAAAAUACACAAUUACACAAUCUAGUCACUAGGAAUAAUAUGAUAUUUAUGUCUUUUUCUUGGAAUCUAUCUCUAUAAAUCUAAAGUAAAACUCUGAGACGAAACCUUUAUAUUUACAUUAAAUUUUGUAUUGUCUUCUGGUUUUUUAUAAACUAUUACAUUCUUUUAAAUGAGAUUUUAUGAGGGGUUGAUGAAAAACUUCCGAAGUUGAUGAUCAAUUUUAUUAUUGAAUGCUGAUGAGACCCAAAAAACUGGAAAAUUACGAAUUAUGAAUUGUUUUUAGCUCUUAGUACAGCCGUUAGGAAUUUUUCCUUGGAAAGUUUUCAACUUUGCCACCUCGUAUAUUUGAUGCUCGCGCCGCCACCGCGUUAUACAGGGAUAUCAUACUUAUACAAAUAAUUGUAAAGAGAAUUUUCUACAAUUUACGUCAUUACCUUUUUUUUUUUUCUAAAAUAAAUAGUUCAACACACAUUUCUGCAGAAGUACUAAUUUCCACACCACCAUGAAGUAGAGAAAGCGGCGUGUUUUUUAUCGUGGUAUCCCCAGUAAGUCUAAUCCACAUCUAACUCACUGGUUCCAAAUCGCUUCAUUAUUGUUGACGGACCAGGUGUUUCUUCUGCAUCAUUGGCGAUGGGAUCAUCAGUUUCAUCGCGGUCCUCUUCAUUCUCGAUGUCGUCGUUUAUUUGUUCGAGAAUACUGUUCGUUUCUUCUUCUUUACUAAUAUCUUGUGAUGGAAAUUGCGAAUUAUAACAAGAACAGUUCGUGCACACAACGGAGCACUGCCUUUUUGCGUCCGGAAGCUUUUUGACCACCUUUCUUACAUUUGCAAGCUUUCCGAAGCAGGGGCUUGAAUCUAGAAUCAUCAAUGAGCCCGUUCUUGUCCUUUUUCCAUCCCAAUUGUUCUACAUUUUGUUCGUUCCCAUACCACUACUGAACCUGGUGCUAAGUUCGAAACGAAUGUUGUCGUGCUGUUGCUUUUCUUAUUAAAUAUUAAAUUUACUUCUAGAAGCUGAUGAAUAACCUAUAAUUAUUUAAAAAUGUACUUUUAAGACUUUCCACAUCACUGUAACUGUAUAAUUCGAUGAAGAAACUCUCUCCAGCUUUAGCAUCGACUUCUGUAUCAUCAUUUGGAUUUUUAAAUACAUCGAUGACCUAGUUAUGACAUAAAUUGUUGGAAAUUUUCUCUGCAUUCAUUUUGUACGGAUAAGUUUUUCCUGUAAAAUGCAUCGGGUAGGAGUUAUUGUCAAAAAAUUGCAUUUACGCGCCAUUUUUUCAAUAUGUUGGCGCGAGCGGAAAAGAUACGAGACGACAAAGUUAAAAUUCGGAAAGAGCACGUCAAAAUCUAGACAAUUGCCAAUUUUCAAAACUCCAACUUUUUGAGUAACCUCUAAUUUUUCAACCAAAAUGACUGUACAUACUAUCUAUUUUAUGAUAACAAAAAAUUUACGAUCAUUAAAUAGUAACAUUACAAUUCUUAAUACAAACAUUUACUUUGCAUUAGUUUAAACUGCCGAUACAAACUUGUUUAUGUUCAAAUAUAUCCAAAUUUCAAGGAACCAAGCACUACCUCUGAGAUAGUAGGUUAAUAUUCAUAUCUAUAUGAAUCAAAAAGUUUUGUAGUAGAAAAUCGGCUUUAUUAAAUCAUGAAGAGCUCCAAAUAGCUCAAAAAUUAGAAAGAAAGUAUGUAUAACAACGUACAAUUUUCCAACAUUAGAUGCAACAUCCCAAUUAUUUUUAACAAAUUGAUUACUUAUUCUGUAAAAUAUAAAGCGAUGCUUACUCGAAUUUUGAUUCUUGACAAAUAUAUCAACAAUGGCUUGUUCUUAAGGUAUUUUUCAGGUUAUUCUAUUGACUAGAUUUCGAAGUGCUAAGUUAGUACUCACAUUUUAAAUUUCAAUUUAACGAUUGUUUCAAAAAAAGACUUUUUCCUCCCUUUAUAGCCCCGAUUAAUAUAUUAUACGAUAUACGUAAUUUUACCUAGAUUCAAAACUAACCUUAUCUAGGACUUAUCAAAUACACAAGUAUACAGAAUGUCGCAAUGUUAACUCAGGUGGUAUUUGGCUGAUAAAUUUAUGCAGAAAGUUCUUGAAUACUUUUUUUAGAUGAAUAUCAAAAUUUUUAAAUUUCAAUUAGAUUAUGCAUUUUCAAUGACUUUCUGUAUAAUAAUAGUACUUACCUUUUUUUCUUGAAUUUGUUUGGGUUCACAUUCAAAGUGACUAGAUAUUUUAAAAUAACGAAAACAGUACAGGGUGUUUUACUAUCAUGUAAUUCAUUUGAAGGGAAUAUAAGUAGUCAUGUAGCCAAUUUUUACCAAUAUAACUCAUUUAUAUUACUUACUGACUGCAGUGUGUUAAAUCACUUGUAUUAUUUUUAAAUUUAUUAUAAAUGAAAAUUUGUUGUAGGUAAUUUUUAUUUUAAAUAUGCGGAAUUAUAAAUUGGAUUUAAGUAAAUAACAUACUUAAUACCCAAAUGACACAAAAUUAUUUAAAAUAAUAUAAAACUUAGUUAAAACACAUUUUUGAUCAACCAAACGAAAAACAAAUCGAGAAAUUCUCUAAAUUUAAUUUCAUAUUUCAUCUGUCAUCUUUUUACUACGAAUUUGUGAUCAAAUGAUCCUCUACUUGCCACAAAUCAACCAAUUAUUAGGGAAUAGUGAGUAAAUCAGAUCCGAUACCUUGGUUAAUCCAAAACUAGAACUUUUAUUUUUAGAAGGUCCUUGUAAUAUGAUCGAUAUUUUCUUAUACUUGGAGUAAACUAAAUCUCUAAUUGUAUUAAUUUUUUUAAUAGUUUUUAUAUAAAUGCAAACAAACAUCGAAAGUACACAAGUACACAUUAAAUUUCCUCGUCUUCAAUUUUUUAAUCUGGUUAGUUUUUUGAAUGCCUAGUAGUAAUUUUAGGGCGUAAUUGAUUUCUCUCCUCUAUGUUUUAUCUUAUACUAGUUAUUUUAUUCACCUGAUUUAAGGUGAAGUGAUUUUUAAAAAUUCAUUUAGAGUUUUAGUGUAAUAAAAAAAAUGAUAUAUAGACCUGCAAAUUGAGAGUUUCUAGUAUGAAUCUUUGUUUUAAAAGAACUCCUUCACUCAUAAUAUUGCUUUUGAGAUUAAUUAUUCGAGAUUCUUAUUUUAUACUUAAAUUUAUUUUCUUCGAGCGUCAAAACCUAUUAGAGCUUCCUUUUACGUAAUCCAUAUCAUUCUAGAGAGGACGUAGUAAAAGCUGUCAAAACUAAAUAUAAAUAAAGAAAAUGAAAUAGUUAAAAAAUAGAUAUAAAUCAUUUUUUUUUCUCUUCCGGAUCUGCUAUCUCCAUUAACUUGGUCUAUCCACUUUAUUCUCUGUUUACCUCUUCUUCUGAUGAUACUGCUUGCAAAUUUGUCCGAAUUCAAUUAUUUUGGCGAUAUAUGGUACGUACUAACAUCGUUAUUUUUUAUUUAUUUUGUUUAUUAUUGCAUUUUUUAUACAUACUUUCGCUAUUCUUUUUAAGUACUUCAUUUUAUUGGUCUUCCUCCUUCUUUCUUUCAUUUGUAUAUAUCACUAUCGUUAUCGUUAUUGUAUUAUGCAUCUUUUCAUUUCAAUAUCUGUUCCCGUUCGUUCUUGUUUAGUGUCUAGUAGAGUUUCGUUUAUUUAUUUUUCUUAUUUGUUAUUUAUCAUCCGAACCUUCCUAGAUCUUUAUAAGCAAUUACUCUUUCCAGUGGUUCGCCUUGCAUUUGAUUCCAUUUAUAUAUUCAUCUUUUAAUUCAUACUUAAUCAUCUUCACUUCUUUUCUAUUAAUUUAUUUUUGCAGGUAUCAGAAUGUUUUCUUUAACUGUUUUAUAAUUCUGUACUCAAGUUUUGUUUCUGCUUUAUCCCCUUCAUGAUUGAGGUAGCCUAUUAUCGUGUUUAACUGUUUUAUAAUUCUGGACUUAUGCUUUGUUUCAUGCUUCUUCAUUCCUGUAUUUUAGCCCUUACUGUCUUUUUUCUGAUUGCUCCUUUUAGUCCAAUUCGUUUCCAUAUUUCUGCUCUUUUUAUAGUGUCGAAGGCUACUAUCUCUUAACGUCUUUUCCAGUAUUUAACUCUAUAGUUUGUGCUAAACAUAUCAAUGGUCUCUGUUUUAAAUAUUGAUAUUAUCCAGCAAUCUUUCCAGUUUCUCGAUAGUUUUUUUUUUCUUUUCAAAUAACCUAAUAUAUAUAAUUUAAAAUUUAUCGAUUAUUAUUGCAUAGGAUAUUCCUUUAAUUGAAUUUAAAAGAAUAUUUUAUAUCCAAUAAUUAACAAAACUGCUUCCAUUAAAUAUCAUUGUUUUUCAAUAAUAUAUUUUAUGAAAUUAAUAAAAAAAUCAGCAGCUAUGUCCCUAGGUCUUGUUAAUUUGGAUAAUUGAGGAUUAUAAAAAAAAUCUACUCACAAAUGCCCUGAUAAAUGGUUUAAUAUUCCUCAAACUAGAAACCCCCUUGUACAUUUAACUUUAUGUUGUUGUUUAUUGUUGUUUCUAAGGAUAUCUAGUUUGAGAUUUCUCUUUUAAUUUAUAAAACAAAAUUAACGAACUCUACGUCUUUUCGCUAAAUACAAACGUAUACGAACUUAGUGAUGUUAUGUAGGCUAAUCUUAUUAUUAUAAUUAUUAUCGGAUACUAUAUUGCGAGCAGGCGUAAAGUAACACAUUUUUAUCGGGGUUUUGAAGUUUGUUUCUGAAAUAUAGGGUGUUGUGGUGCAAUAGAACCUGUAAACAUUUGUUGUAAAAACAUUUUUCACUUAAAUAGAUUAGUAAAUCACCCUAUUGUUGAUUAAACGAGUCGGUAUUUUUUUUUGUAAAACCAUCGAAUCGACAAAAUUUAUCAGCGGUGAUUAAAAUUUAAGAAACAAACUUGAUGACUUUCUAGAUUAUAAAAUCUAACUUAAAUGUUUAUCUUUCACAUAUUUUUCGUUACCUUUGUUAAAGGUGCAAGGUCUCGAUGGGGUUUUAUUAUUUUACAUCAUUUUAAAGAGUUUUCUAUAGUUUUUGAAAUGAUAAAUAUUGUAUAUAUUGUAUGAAGUAUAUUAAACGCCUAGUGACACAUUGUAUACCAACUGUUUCUUACCCCAAAUACACACCAAGUUAGUAAAUUUUCAAAUUAUCAAUACAUCAAUAAUACGAAAUCAACUAGUUGUUAAUAUUGGAAAAACAAAUCUAAAUAUUUCAUUAUUCUUCAUGUACAUUUUUGCUGUUGAGUGUUUUGGUGGUAAUUUCGGUACUGACAUUUCUAUAAAAAGUCCCCGUCUUGGCCUGCCCACGAUAUUAUUGUACAUAAUAUACCUCCGAAAGAAUGUUGGCUGUUCGUUUAUGAGUGAUUUCCCAUCAAAAAUCAUCGCCUUAUCCAAUGUAUACGAAAAUAAAACAUACAAAAAUAAUAAAUUGAGAGUAAAAUCAAUACAGAUCAUUGAGAAAAAAACGUACCUCUGUGUUAAUAAGUAAGAAAGAGAGAGAGAGAGAUAAAGAGGAAUCUUUUAUUGUGUUCUGCUUUUAAUGAAAGUAUAUUAUUAAUAUUAUAAACGAUUAUGGGACGAGAAUACCUCUUAACUAAUUUGGUAACGCAGUGUCCUCUGUAUAGUGUUUUUUGAAACGUGAGCAUUAAAUGCUACAUCUUGUGUACUUAUAUAAA